CCAAAGUCUCGGCUCAAUCUCGGUGAGAAUUCCGGUCAGGUGAGAAAAGUUUCCCAGUUUUAUUGUAGUCUACCUGUAUGUAGGUGUCACUCAGCAAACCCUGCUCGGGGUUAAGAAAGUUUCUGACCUUUAUUGGUGCUAACCGCGAAAGCCACCAUGGCCGAAUCCCAGCUCACGGUUAUGGAGGACGGGCGCAUAGGAGUCAAAGUCCCGGAGACCAAGCCGGAGUUUUACUAUAGUGAAGAGCAGCGAACCGCUGUAGAACUGCUGCUGAAGGAGGGCGAUGGCGCCUUCAAAACAAGACUUAAAGAGGACAAUACGAAGGACUUUCUGUCUGCCAGGGAAGUCAAGCUAUUAACGAACACUUUCAGACCGUACGACUCAGGGGAUGACAGCAAGGCAUCCACCUCCGGGUCGGAGCAGGGCGCCACCGGCACCGAUGCGGAUUCAGGGGUCCACUCCACCUAUUGGCCCCAGAUGUCGGACACAGAGGUGCCGCCGCUGGAUAUCGGGUGGCCCAGCGGGGCUUAUUUCAAAGGGGUGACCCGGGUUUCCGUGCACACACACCCGCCCAAAGACAACGGACCGCACAUUAAGGAGGUGGUGCGACGGCUCAUCCAAGAGGCUAGCAAGGUGAUCGCCAUAGUAAUGGACAUCCUCACAGACAUCCACAUCCUACAGGACCUGAUGGAUGCAGCGUCACGUCGCAUGGUGCCUGUUUACAUUUUGUUGGAUGAGCAAGGUGUGCCGCACUUCUUGGACAUGUGCUCCAGGCUGCAGAUUGGCUCACAACACCUUCGGAACAUCAGAGCCAGAACGCUUCAGGGAACUGGUUUCAAUUUGUCGUUUGGUAGGCUGCCUGGUUCACUCUGUAAUAAAUACAUGCUGGUAGAUGGGGAGAAAGUUGUGUUCGGUUCCUACAGCUUCUCCUGGUGCACGUCUCGCAUGGACCGAAACAUGAUCACUGUGAUGACGGGACAGCCAGUCGACUUCUUUGACCGGGACUUCCGUGAGCUGUAUGCCAUCUCUGAGAAAAUGAACCUCUACAAAGAGUUUCAUGUCAGCCCUCCUGCUGCCCAGGUGGCCUCCACUGUUCGCUCUAAACCGAGUACCAAACGCCCGCCAUUAGCAGCAACCACAUCCCGCUUCCAGGUUAGCUUAGGGGAUUCACGGAAUAAUGAAAUCCAGGUCCCAGCACACAAAUAUUACAACCCUAAAUACGCACUAGCGUUUGGGGAUACUCCCCGUCCAACAGGAUCUCUGCGCGAACCCAAGAGGGGUUCAGGUCUGGCUGAGGUUCCCGAGGAGGCAGAUUCGGGGAGCCCACGGUUGGCCAGCAGCGAGAAGAUGGAUCGAUUGAGUCCGCUGCCGGCAGAAUCCUCAGGCGAAAGCUUCAAGAGGACAAAUGGAGUCAAGUCAGACAUAAAAAGCCGUCCCACACUAAGGCAGAGACUUUUUAAGAGGAAAUCCCAGAAUAAACUUCCUGUUAACACAGAACCUGUACCCCCAGAAACUAAACAGGAUGAGGAGAAUGAGGAUAACUGCGAAGCGGUUGUGUUAUCUCCAUCCAAAGUUAGUAAGAAGCCGUCUAGACUGGGACGGAAGUCAAUGUCUCAGCAAACUGUCAAUGCCUCACAUGACAAUAUGAGUUUAAAAAGUCAACAUAAAGGAAGGUGUAAAGUGAGCUGAAGCUGCCCAUCUCCACAGAAGACAAAAUGACUUUAGUCACAUGAACAUUAACAUCACGUUUGAUUGUGCUGAAGAAUUUUACCCAGCGUCUCACAGAGAGACAAGAUAAAAUCAUUUUGUUGUUUGGUGCCAAAUGUACAAUAAAUGCGUUUUAAGUUUUAUAUGAUAUGUUAGAAUGCAGAUUGGGUUAAUAAGAGAUUUCGUUAUGAGCACUUUCAUCGUGUUUUGCUUUGAACACUGUUAGCUUCCAGGUUCUUCUCUUCUGGACACUGAAUGUACAGUUUUAAGGUGGAUCAACAUGAGAAGCCUGUCUGUCAAAGAGUGAAAGAAAUCAUCUAAGUUGUCAAAAGUUGUCUUUACAUUCCAAAUGUAACACAGCGGGAAAUUUAAAUCCCACCAGAUGUGGGGCUAUUUGUCACUCUUAACCACACACAUUCACCUCAGCCAUGCACUACGAAGCGAGUUUAACCCAUUUAGCAUAACCAUGGUGUCUUUCUAUUACAUCCACUUACCCUUAACUCGGUAACCAAGAUAUGCUUUCACAUGAACGUUUGCAUGAAGGCGUUGGUGCUGACAGCAUCUCACCAAUCAGAUGGAUAAGUAAUGGCAACACAGUUAAGCACACAUGAUAGAGGCUCAAAGCAGCACAUGAUCACACAGCUGCUACAGAAAAAGCAGCAGUGUGAUCAUGUGUUAAAUGAAAAGCUGUGUGCAGUAGUUCAGUAUUAAAUGUUCUGUAUGGACGUUUGUGUGCUUGAAAUAGAUCAGUGUGAGUGGAAGAGAGCUGCAGUAUUAAUAAAGUUUAGCCUGUUUGAAUCAAGGAAGGAAAACUGGCACCAGUGUGAGUUAACAUACAAGUAUCACAGCUCUCAUUAGGUUAGUCUGAAUAAAUAAAUAUAAAAUCAGAAGUCAAACUCAGACUUUGACUACAUGCAGCGUCCACUACAAAUAGGUAGCACAGUAAAAUAGUUGUGAAAAUGUUUGCAGCCAACAAAAAACAAUCAAAACCCCCCCAAGGAAUAAAGUUUUGUUUAAUAAUCUAUAUUUCUUACUGCGUUUUGGGGAAACUGAAAAACUUCAGACACUCCUACAGUCCAUGCACAGACGCUCCACAGGAUCUUCCAGGAAUGGAUAUGGAAUAAAUUGGUCAGAAAGCGGUGAUUUCAUAGCUGUAAUAAGCUCUAAUCCAGCUGCAAGUUAGGUUAGGUUACUAUGGCAGUAUACCCCAAUAAGAAGAGAAGCGUUUUCAUAGUACAGAAAACCCAGGAUGGACACUGAACCUAUGAAAUCCUGCUUCACAAUGCAGGCCACGGUUCAGAUUGAUAGCCACUCAUGGUCAGCCCAAAGCAGGAUAUUAUUAGACAGUGAAUGAGUUUAGGCCCGGAUUACAGUUUAAAUAUUAUACUACUUACAUACUUUUUGUUUCAUGUUGCAACUCUAUAAUAAAUAUUGCCUUUUAUUCAGUUCUAGAAGUGAGGAAAUUGUCAUGUAAAAACAAAUUGCAGCAAUACAGAAAAAGCAUAAAAAUGUUCAUAAGUAAAAGUCUCUGAACAGGCAUAAAUUUGAGUGCAGCUCCCUCUAGUGGUGAUGCGCAGGUACUAGUCUAUAAUUUGUCCUUUCAAAGUCUCAACCGUGAAAUAAUUGCCAGAAAAUUGUUUUUUAGUUUUUUGCAAAUGCAGAAAAAUGAGUGUUUAUUGAGCCUUUUGAAAAAAAUAAAAACAUUUCCAUACAAUAUUUUUGCUACAUCUGCAAUUUA